CCUUCUUCUUGUUAUUUUUUUUCUCUCUUGUUCUUCUACUUGUCUUCUUCACUAUCACCAGAUCGAUCUACGGGAUUUCCUCAGAUUUUUUCUUGAAAAAACUUCAAGAUUACGAAAACCCUUUUGUUUUAGCCAUAUACAUUGAAGAGCUUAGCUGUUAAUUUCAUUUUUUAGUUGACAAGAAGCCCAGAAACUUAUCUAUUUUAUGUAUAUUUUUCUUUCUACUGGAAAAAUGCUUACAUACUCAAUCAUACACUUGCCUCUGUAAAAUAGAAAUAAACUAUAGUCACGCGCAGUAUAAAUAGUAAUACGGAGAAAUCAAGAGUUGACUACACCUAACAGGUCUUAUCAAAGAAUGGCACCAGCCCUUUUCAGUUGAAAAGAUGUCGUUUUUCAUUGAUGGGUCUUGGAUAUAUAUUGAUAUAUUUUUGGUUGGGAAUUAAGCGAUGACUUUUUAUUUUUGGUUCAUAUGAUUUGUGGGUCAUGAAGUGAUUUGUGUUUGGAACUGUGAGAUUUUCAUAUGAAUGGUGAUUGAGCUAGAUUUUUGAGUGAUGGUGGUGUCAGGGAAUGAUCCGUUAGAGUCAUUUUUGAACUCUGUUCAGGUUGUUAAGACUGCAUUUUCGCCACUGGAAUCAAAUUUUCGGAAGGUGGCCAGGAGUUUUCAGCAUUGCUUUAAUGGGGUUUCACAAAAAGGGAAGUUAAGCAGAGCUGUGGAUGAUGCUGAUGGUGAGCUGGUGGCAGCCCGGCUGAAUGUGAAGAACAAGAGUGGUCAACGUCUGGUUUUCAAUGGUGAUGGUGAUGAUCCGAGAAAAGGGAAAUUUCCAAUCAAGAUACUUCUUGGGAUAUUUAAAGAAGAAUGUGGAAGUAAUGAUCACUGUGAUACUAAUGUUAGCCAUGAUUGGGGUGAGAAAUUGAAUGAAAAUAUGUGGAAGAAAGGGUUGAAGCAGAGGUAUGGUAGUGGGAAGGAGGAUGGAAAUGGGAAUUUCUUGCAUUUUGAGAUGGCAUUGCUGUCCCUUAUUAAUGGUUUUGUACAGGCAUUCUCAAAUGUGAAAGUGGAAGUGAAACAGAGGGUUGUUGGUGAAACUAAGCUAAAGGAGUUGAAGGUUAUAGAAGAAAAGAAUUUGCAAUUUGAGUACUCAAUAGGGUUUGUAUUCAAUAAGUUAAGUCAUUUCCCAAAGUUUGGUGAAGAUAUUCUAGAUCAUAAGUCUAGGAAUACAGAUCGUGAAUCCUCAGGCCCACAUUUUAAUCAAUUUGGCUGUUUUAAGGCACUUACUAGUAUUUAUCAAGGUAAAAGAGCAGAUGUGAAUGGAUUCUUCGGGAAUUUGAAGUUUGCUAAAGUGGGAGGUAUGCCAUCAAGUAUAGUUGGAGUGCCUUCUACAGAGGACGUGAGGGAGGAGGGUGUCAAUCAGGAGGAUAUUGGAGGCCUUUCACCACCAAAAUUGACAAAUGGGGUGCUAUCUAUUCCAUUAUCCAAUGUUGAGCGUUCGAGAUCGACACUUUCCACUGUGUCAUUGACAGAAUUAAUCGAGCUUCUGCCUCAGAUAGGGAGAUCUUCGAAAGAAGACCAUCCUGACAAGAAGAAACAGUUCUCGAUUCAGGAUUUCUUCAGAUACACAGAAGCUGAAGGGAAAAGGUUUUUUCAGGAAUUGGACAGAGAUGGUGAUGGGCAAGUUACUUUGGAAGAUCUUGAGAUUGCUAUGAGAAACAGAAAACUGCCUAACAGAUAUGCUCACCAAUUCAUGCAGCGUACUCGAAAUCACUUGUUCUCGAAAUCUUUUGGCUGGAAACAGUUCUUGUCCUUGAUGGAACAGAAAGAACCAACCAUUCUCCGGGCUUAUACCAGUCUCCGUUUGAGCAAGUCCAGGACACUCCAGAAAAGUGAAAUUUUGGCAUCACUGGAGAAUGCUGGACUGCCAGCUAAUGAAGAUAAUGCUGUUGCCAUGAUGCAUUUUCUGAAUGCUAACACUGAUGAAUCUGUAUCUUACGGGCAUUUUCGGAAUUUUAUGCUUUUGCUCCCAUCAGACAGACUCCAAGUAAACUCCCGAAGCAUCCCAUCCAAAUCUGCUACUGCUGGUUCUGCUUCCCCUGUGGAUACACCUGCUGUAAGUGUACUAAAAUCAUCAUUGGCUGGAGGGAUUUCCUGUUCAUUAUCUGCAGCUUUAAUGCAUCCUCUUGACACGGUUAAGACACGGGUGCAAGCUUCAACCCUUCCUUUCCAGGAAAUUUUAGCAAAGCUUCCUCAACUGGGUGUCCGGGGAUUGUACUUGGGAUCCAUUCCAGCCAUAUUAGGGCAAUUUUCAAGCCACGGUUUGCGAACUGGAAUUUUCGAAGCAAGCAAGUUUGUAUUGAUAAACGUUGCACCAACACUUCCAGAAGUACAGGUUCAAUCUGUUUUGUCAUUCGUUAGCACUUUCCUGGGAACAGCAAUGCGGAUUCCAUGUGAGGUGUUGAAGCAAAGAUUGCAGGCUGGUCUAUAUGACAAUGUGGGUGAAGCUCUCGUGGAAACUUGGCGUCAAGAUGGUCUCAGGGGUUUUUUCCGUGGAACUGGUAUGACUCUCUGCCGAGAGAUUCCAUUCUAUGUUGCUGGAACGAGCCUUUAUACUGAAUCCAAGAAGGCCGUCCAGCAGCUGGUAGGACGGGAGCUAAAACAGUGGGAAACAAUUGCUGUUGGUGCUAUAACUGGUGGGCUAACUGCUGUCUUGACAACUCCAUUCGAUGUAAUAAAGACACGGAUGAUGACCGCUUCCCAGGGGCAGCCGGUGGCACUAUCAGUCGUAGCACUGUCUAUUUUGCAGUAUGAAGGGCCGUUUGGAUUCUUUAAAGGAGCCGUUCCCCGUUUCUUCUGGGUCGCUCCACUUGGUGCCAUGAACUUUGCCGGUUAUGAGCUUAUAAGGAAAGCCAUGGACAGGACCGACGAAAAUAGUGAGGCAGUCGUGCCGAAAUAGUUUCCCAGGUGAUUCUUGCUUGUAAUUAUAGCAUUUCAUGCUCAGUCAAUUCGUCGAAAUUUCCUUUUUAUUUGAGUAUGUUUCGUCGAGUUCCCUGUGAUGGGAUUCGAGUUCUUCGACAUGAAUUCAUUACUCAUGUUUACUAGUUCUAGCCUGGGACUUUUGAGGACAGGACAGAUGAAAGUUAAGGCAACAUGAGACUGUUAGUUCCUGAUGGAAAAAUGCAUGUUGAGAUAAUGCAUUUGUCGAAUAAUAUCAAAUAAUAUGAUAGUUUUGCAUGUGAUUGUUUAAGGUUA